GGCUCAGCAACACGUUCUCACACCCUAAGCGUCGGAAACAAACGCUUGGUCACUCACUUUCUGCGUCAGAUACCAACGCAGAAAGUGCCCUUUUUCGUAUAUAUGUGACAAAAAGGAGUCUCCGUUGAUUCUAAUGCAAAUCCCAGUGCAGCGACAUAGUGACGAGUUUGGAUGUUCUCUUGCGCUGCACUGAACACGCAUAUUUCCCCAUCAUUUGGAUAACUUUGAGUAUUUUUCUGACAUCUGUGGAGCCACAUUUAAACACGGACUUUGCGGCAGCUUAUGCUUACAUUUAUAUAAAUUGUGUGGACUUCUGAACGUAACUACGAGUCAUCUACGUCAUCUAUGAGAAUCGAUUUAUUUACAAUACAGUUAUAAAACACCGGCAUGUUUAUUUAACUGCUCGAGACAACAAUUUUCAUUUAUUUGUCAGUAUAAGCCGUGUUUAUAAACUUAUUUGUUGCGGUAUGGCAAGCAUAACAAACUGCGUUUCCCACAAUGCUCGGCUGCGGGCAGAGAAGAAGCACUUAGUAGUAAUAAGCUGGUUUUACGUCAAGAAACGAGUUUUAUUGUUUCUGACAGCUCUGUAACCCACUCGGUUGUUAAAUUUUAAAUCUCAAAUAUUUGUUACAGUACAGUAAUACAUUUUAAAGUGAUUGCAAUAGUAGUUCACAAUUUUUGUUUUCGUUUUUCCAGGCACCCAUGGUCCGGAAGUAGAUGGGCGUGACUUAGGCUCCUUUUUUAACCAAAACAAUUUAUUUAUUGACUGUUGUAAUAUAGCGCUACAUAUAAUAUAAUUAUUUUUCAUCUAAAUACAUUUUCAAUCUAAAUACACAAUUAUUUACAAACGUGCUUAUAUCACGUGAUAGAAUGCGACAGGUCCCGCGUAAACUGGUCUUCCGGUCUUUCCGUUUACUCUCCUUUCGGUAAGUAGAACAUUUUCUAAUCCGUUAUGAUUGAUUACACAAAAACACUUUGAAAUGCCGUUCUUAUCAUUAUAUGUACACUUUAUAAAUACGCGUGUAUAAUUUUCAAUCACAUUUUAAGAAAAAGGUAUUUAAAGAAAAUCCAGAUAACAUGUAAACUAAGCUAUGCAAAAUUUUACCGUGUCAGACUUUGAUGUGCAACCGACAUUUGUUUUCUCUUUCAACAGCUGCUGUCAUUUUGAUCUAUCUGAACCCCAACUUUUCAUCAACACAAAGGCACUUUUUAGAGCCACGUCUGUUUUUCGUAAUUUGUCUUCUGUUUGUCACACUUGUUUUCCUUUGGUUUCGUCUUCUGUGUCUGACUGUUUAGUUUGUUUACUGUAAUUGUUGUUCUGUCUGUGUGGGAAAUAUAGCCUGUGUGUGUGUGUGUGUGUGUGUGUGUGUGUGUGUGUGUGUGUGUGUGUGUGUGUGUGUGUGUGUGUGUGUGUGUGAGAGAGAGAGAGAGAGAGAGAGAGAGAGGUAUUCCUCAUUAACAAUGAGUGAGAGUGAGCUGCAGGAUUUACUGCAGAGCGUUGAGGGUGAGGUCACUGAGGACCUAAAAGACGCCGAUGACUUCCUCAGUCAGCUGCAAAAUGAGAAAACUGCAAUACCAAUUGCAGCACCGAUGCCAACAGUGAGGUGGAAGAAGAGAAACAGUGGUGGAAACCUCAUCCACAGGAGACCACGGGCACUAAGGAACCAGUGCACUCAGGCUGGUCACAGUCUGUUGAUUGACACGGUCUCAGCUCCCGUCUCAGCUCCUGUCUCAGCUCCUGAUGUUGUCUUUGCUCCUGAGACAUGUGACGAGUUCAUGCGGGACCUCCAGCAUUCAUUUGCUGAUGUUGAGACUGAAGAAGUAUCCCCAGUGGUUCCCACUGUGACAUCAGCAAACUGGGGCUUAAGGAAAAUGAAAGAGCUGGAAAACUGGAGAUCUGUGAGGCCUUAUUUAGUCAAUACCCUGAUAUCAAAGGAGAAGGUGGAACCCAACUUAUGCCAGGAGUGUCAAAGCAAUGCAGCUGCUAUCCGGUGUCGGGAUUGUCGUCCACGGCCGUUCCUCUGUGGAGAAUGUGAUUUAAAUGCACACAGCCAACAUCCAUUCCACAAUAGAGAGGCCACUAUAGGAGGAUUCUUUGAGCCAUUGCCCCCAACCAAAGUUAUUAUAAAUGAAGCUCUUUGUCAUUGUGAACGAGUUGUACCUCUAGAAGUCCCUUCCAAAAUCUGCAGCUGUCCAGCUGAGUACUUGAAGCUCAGUGCCGGAAAGGUUGUGGCUGUGAUCACUAUGAACGGACGUCAUGACCUCAAUAUCCCAAAGCUGACCUGUGGGAUGUGCAAUGCCACAUGGACUGCUUUGAUUGAAGACCUGAUAAAAAAUGACUUCUGGCCAGCUACCAUGCACUAUGAAACAAUCUUUGCAUGUGAUAUUUUCUUCACAUUUGAAGAAAUGAAAAUGGUAGCGCCCGGAUUGUCUUGUCAGGCAUUUAUAAGAAUGCUGGAUCUAAGAACCGUUCGCUUUGGUCGUACUGGAAAGAUCUCAGCAGACAGCUUCAUGAGAAGUUUUUUUGAGUGGGAGGCUGUGAGAUAUGAAGUUGACAGCCACUGCAAAUCCGAGCCCUUUGCCUGUCCUGCCUGCAGCCCAGAGAUGCUUGCGGUCUCUGUUGAUGGAAACCGCAAACAUUAUCGUUUUAAUAAUUCUGCCAGAUGUGAGGAAAAGGCCAUCUUUGAGGGUGUCUUUAUUGCUGACGAUGAGGACGUUACACAAUUUGUGGACCACAUUCAAAGCAAGGCAAAACAUGUGUCUGGGAAAGGUAAAUGUGGUGGUCAGUGGCAGGCGGCCAGAGAAACCUCCUUAAGGUCUACCAGCAAACUUGAUGAGGAGGGCCUUGAGCUUGCAGUGUGCCGGCAUGGAGUGCUGCUGCGGGCCCUUAAUAUGUACAGGGGAGAAAUUUUUGCGUAUCCCCUGUACUUGCAACAAAAGCUGCCCAACAGCAGGUUUUUUUGCAUGGAUGUGACCUGCAAAUAUUGGCCUUACCUCCAGAGGCUGGCCAAAAGCUGCCCAGAGCUACAGCCUCUUCUUGAUAUGAAGCCAUUCCUCUCUGUGUUUCAUGCCAAAGCCCAUAACUUCCAAUGUGAAGUGAAAUGGAGUGGAGCAUAUCAGGAAGGGGCGGGGUUAACUCUGGGUGAAGAAGUGGAGCAGGUCAAUGCCUUCCUGUCUCGCAUUGCAGUCACCACGAAGCAUAUGUCAAAAGCAGGACGUUCAGACAUGCUGACAUUAAUGGCCAUGCGCUGGAAUCAGCAAAAGACCUCCAAUUUGGCUGUCUUCCUGUCUCACAGAUAUUUGAAAACCACAAGUACUCUCGAGAGUCAGCUUGAAACACUGGAGUCCCAAAAAUCCGAGUGGGGUGUAACUGACAAGCAGUUGGAGGAGUGGGUAACUGAUGUGAAGGAGUGGGCAGAAGAGACAUCCAACAAGACUGAUGAAGCUGCAGUUAAUCUUGGAAGUAAGAUUGAGGGGCUUGUGGCAAGCAUCAAAAGGCGUUCACAACGUCUGUACAAAGACACAGAUGGCAGUAAAGGCCGAGCCAGGGGUCGCCACAAAAUCAGAGAGGAGAAAAGAAUCCUGACGUCAGUGGUCGACGAGUAUAACAAAAUGGUUCCAAGCAAUGAGUGCCUGUGCAUAGAAACCAUACUGUCUGAAGAUACAGCAUGGCCAUGGCAAGAGUUUCAAAGUGGCUCUGUAGAUCUCAGGACAAAAAGAAGAGCCUUUGACCUUGUCAUGGCAGUGAAAAGACUGCAAGAGGAGAAGAAGAUUCUCAUGGCAGAGAUGAACCAACACUGGAAGUACCUUCUGCAUCAAAUGGAUUCCCUGAAGGAGCUUUCUGAGGAAGUUUCAAAUGCUGCUCUCAAAAGUACUGCUACUUCACUGUGGGGCCUACCAGUUGAGGUGUUAAAAGGUCUUCAAAGCCUACUUCUUAGGAAAAGGCAGAACACCAGAAAAGCUGUGGCACAUGCAAGGAGCUGCUACUUAAAAGUUUUCAGUCAAGCAGAGACGAGCAAUAUCCUCCAAAGCUUUUCAGACAACUCUGACAGUGACUCUGACAUGUCUGAUGAUAUGUUAUGAGAUCGCAAAAUGCGUAUGUUAUAAAAGCACAGCCUACUUGUAUUGCACCCAGAAGUUGGCCGACAAUGUUACGCAAUGUUUCUCUGAAAGUGUUUUUAGCUGAUACAGGGUAUUCGCGGGUCCUUAAAAAGGUCUUAAAAAGUCUUAAAUUUGGCUCCCUUAAACCUGCAGAUUCACGAGAAAGCAAAUUCACAUUGAGAAAUGUGGUUAUACAGUACUAAUUUCAGUUUGUAAUGACACGUGCAGAAACACAAAAAAAAAUGUAUGUACAGCUUACAUUUUAGCUUCUCUUCCAUUUUAUGUAACUUAAUGCUGGGAUUAAUGAUAUAACAUGGACUGUCAUUCUGUAAUCGGAAAGAAAAAUGUAAAUAAAACUAUGAUUUUGAUUUUUUGGCUUAAUUUUUUUAGUCACAUUGCGUUUGUUUUGAACAAUACUGUACAUUUAAAAUGAAGUUGCACUAUAACACAAUGCCUGCUAAAUAAGAUGUUCUGCAAUAAACAUUUAUAUAAUUUC